GAGUAAUACAACCUGCGUUAGUAGCGACAUUGUUAAUAUUCCUCCAUUGGCUUUGUUGUAUGGAUGACGACAACCCGGGUACUGAUGUCCAGUUGUUGGUUAGGACUGACGGACCACCAGUACGUGUGUCCACUGGCCGAGCAGGUGCAGGGUGUUGCCCGCCAGGAGCUCAGAGAAGAUGAGUCAGCCAGAGACCAAGCGCUGCUGCAACUGCAGGAGUGGAUCUCUAAAAAUAGAGAUCUCCACAACUGUAGGACUGAUCACAGUUUUCUGCUGAGGUUCUUGCGGGUUAAGAAAUUCAGCGUACCGAUGGCUCAACAGACGUUACUAAAAUACCUGAACAUGCGUCAGCAGCUUCCGCACCUCUGUCUUCAACUCGACUUCCUCAGCCCUUCCCUUAACGCACUGUUUAACAACGGCUACAUAUUCGCUUCUCCGGUAAGGGACCGAAACGGUAGAAGAGUUGUCGUUUCAAUUGCACAGAAUUUCGACCCGUAUAAGUUCACGAACAGCGACAUGUCCAAGGCCCACAUGAUAACGUACGAGACCCUACUGGAGGAUGAGGAGUGCCAGGUGAUGGGGUUCACUCACGUGGGAGACGCUAAGGGUGUUUCAGCGGCUCACAUCACCCUCUGGUCACCCAUUGAGUUCUCCAAUCUCAUCCGCUGGGGAGAGCAAUCCUAUCCUAUGAGACACAAAGAGAUCCACUGUGUCCACGUUCCCGCCGCUCUCCGUUACGUCUAUGACUUUGCUCGCUCGAGGUUCUCCAACAAGAUGCGCUCCAGAUUUAUGAUCCACAAUUCGAUAGAAGAACUUCACCAGAAGGUGGACCCUCAAACUCUUCCUCGGGAGAUGGGAGGAGAUAUCCCGAUGAAGGAGAUGAUAGAAAUGUUUAAGAAGGAGAUGUUGCUGAAAAGGGACCGCCUUUUGGCACUGGACGAUAUGCGCCUCCUGGACACCAAAGGAAUCACUCGGAUGCCACACAAAGUAUCCAAGAAAAGCAUCGACUCCGCGAGCAUUACCGGAAGUUUCAGAAAGUUGGAGGUGGACUAGACCUUUAAGUAUUGGGGAUCUUGACAUCUUGAGGACAUCGAGAUUCCUAGCAUACAAAAGAGCACUUCGAGUGGAAAUCAUCACAAUACUCUAGUACGUAACCCAGGGAAAACGUUACCAUUUGCUGUGCAUCUGUCGAUUGUUUUAUUGUAUUGUAUUUAUAAAUAUUUUAGUUUAUAGUCACGUUUUUGUAUAUAGUUCAUUUUAAUGCUUCAAUAAUAUUGUUUAAUUAAAAUAUGAACAUA